CUCCCUCCCCCCCUCCAUCCGCCCAUGCGAUGAAUCACAGCACGACGCUGCGCGCAAUGCGCAUCCCGUCUUCGCGCCUUUGCGCAGGCUCCAUCCACUCGACUUUCCUCCUCUCCUCCAUCGCGAGAACAGCGACUCCCUACCGCCGCUUGGCGAGCUCCGCCGCAACCGGAUCCACCCCCUCUUCCUCUCCCUCGCCGCCCGUUCCGAGCGCCAAAGUCAACCCCCCGGCCUCGACACGCCCGGCUCCCUUGGACCUCCCCGAGCGCCAGCCCGACUCCUCCAAGAUUGGCCACCUAAUCGCGACGGGCAAGGCCUACAUCAAGUUCUACAAGACGGGCCUCAAGGCUGUCUUCUCCAACCGCCGCCUGAUACAAAACGUCAUCGCCGAAAAGAGCACCUCCGUCGAGGGCUUCCGCUCGCCCUCCGUCUUCACCCCUGGCGUCAUCCCCAAGGGCUUCUCGCGUGCCGACUGGAUGCUCCUCUGGCGCGUGCGCCACGACGUCCUACGCGUCCCGCUCUUCGGCCUCGUCCUCCUCGUCUGUGGCGAGUUCACCCCGCUCAUCGUAAUCUUCGUCGAUGGCGUCGUGCCCUACACGUGCCGCCUACCGAAGCAGAUCGAGUCCAGCUUCAAGCAGGCCGAGGAGCGCCGUCAGAAGUCGUUCCUCGAGUUCGAAAAGGCCGCGCCGCAGGGCGUCGUGCCGGGGAUGGCGCGCGCCGCCGCCAGGAAGCACGUCCUCCGCAGCCUGCACGUGCCCGGCAUGAUGUGGGAGAAGCUUGGCUUCUUCCCGCCGGGCCUGUGGGCGACCAAGGGCCGGCUGCGGAUGGCCUUCCUGGAGGGCGACGAUAGGUUAUUGGCGCGCGAUGGCGGCGCGGCUGGGUUGGAGGAGCAGGAGGUGCGCAUCGCGUGCACGGAACGCGGCAUCGACUGCAGUGGUCGCGACGAUGCGGAGUUGAGGCAGCUCCUCGACGAGUGGCUGCGACUUGUUGAUGCCGAGGAGGCCGAGGAGCGGAGGAAGCGCAUGACGGUCCUAUUGACCACGAAGCUCGAGAAUUGGCCGAAGGACAGGAACUUUGAGCUUCCCAAGUGGCAACUCUGAUUCCUCGGUGCACGACACCCUACAUCUCUGUACAACAUCUUCGCCCGGCGGAGGGCAACAAUAUCCGGCAAUUUUCUUGUCAGACCUUGCAUCAUGGCAGGCGCCAGGCUUGUGUACUAUUGUAUUUCCCCCUCGGUAUGGGAAGACGGACGGGCACCAGAAAAAAAAAGCAUAUGGUCGGGGCUCGGGGGAUUUGAACGGACAGCGGCACGUCUGCAUAUAUAGACCAACUCCCAUUUUCCGGAGAGACAGUAAACAAUAACGUCAAAAUGUUCUUAUUUCAAACGAA